AUGCAAUAUCAACAUAGUGGAAAUUACCAAAAUCAGCAAGGUCAACAUCAAUUUUAUAAUGGGCAAGGUCAGGGUUAUCCAAACAACCACCCACAACAACCUGCAUAUUAUCCUAAUCAACCUCAACAACCCCAACAAAUAUUUCAUGUACAACAACAACAACAACAACCAACAUACCCUAGUCCACCAGGUUUAGUUGCCAAAGGGUUUGAGUUUAAUGAUCAAUCAGUCCGGAAGGGAUUUGUUAAAAAAGUGUUUUCGAUUGUGACUAUUCAACUGCUUGUCACUUUUGGGAUCGUUUGUUGGUUUGUUUAUCAUGAACCCACAAACAUAUGGGCCCAAGAAGCAUUCAUAUUUUGGAUAAUCUUGUUGGUUGCCCUUGUUGUUGUUACAAUAAUUUUAGGAUGUUUUAUUGAAUUUAGAAGGAAUUUUCCAAUGAACAUCAUUUGUCUCAGCAUUUACACUAUUUUAAUGGGGUUGCUUUUGGGAGUAACAGCAGCCUUUUAUGAAAGCUUUGCAGUGAUGUUAGCCAUUGGAAUAACAAUAGCCGUGACCAUCGCUCUAACUAUUUUUGCCUUUCCUUGUCAUUUUCACGUGCCCUUAUGCGACCAUUGCCCUCAAAUCCUUCGGCAUUUGAUGGUGGUUCCUAUAAGGCCAGGAUUGGCCUAUAGGUGCCUGUCCUUGAUCUGA